CACUUAGAAACUUCCGGAACAGCAGUCCUUUUUAGUCCUACGAAGGUCGAUUAGACACAGACACUUUAGCUACUGUACUGAGUUGCUUUCUUCAAAUACGAAGUACUUUUCUUGUUAUAUUUGACUAGCUAGCUAUCUUUAUCAAAAAUGCCAAGAGGAAGCAGAAGCCGGACGUCAAGGAUGGCCCCUCCAGCCCGGAUGGCUCCACCACCCCCCAUGGCCAGGGCUGCACCACCUCCAUCCUACGCCCCAGCGCCUGCCCAUGCCCCCCCGUCCGCCAUGGCUGCCCCAGCCGCUGUUGCCCCACGGCAGCCAGGCAUGUUUGCGCAGAUGGCCACCACAGCCGCUGGGGUAGCCGUUGGCUCAGCCGCAGGGCACAUGAUCGGCCACGCAAUGACUGGAGGAAUGGGUGGGGGCGGAGGAAGCCAAGAGGCUGCCAAGCCUGAUGUCACCUACCAGGAGCAGCCCCAGCAGUACCAGCAGCAGUACCAACAGCCACCUCCCAUGUACCAGCCAGCCCAGUAUCAGCAGCAGCCCCAGUCCAUGUUCCAGCAGGAGCCUGCACCACAGCAUGGAUCCUGCUCAUAUGAGCUCAAGCAGUUUAUUGAGUGUGCUCAGACCCAGAGCGACCUGAAACUCUGUGAGGGCUUCAGUGAGGUGCUCAAGCAGUGCAAGUUCUCAAAUGGGAUGUCCUGAGAGACAAACAACCCCAGCAAUGCUCAACAUACACACACACACACAAUACUAUUAAAGAAGUAAUUUACAAACACUUGAUAGACUUGGCUUUGUUUUGGCACUUGAUCAAAUAACUGUUAAUCAUAUGGACAAUUUAAAAACAUUUUCCUAGGAUUGAUGCUGUGAAGCUUGUAAUAAGUCAUUUCAAAUGAAAACAUGCAAAAAAAAAAAAUAAACUACACGUUUGUCUUUAAUGCUUAAA